AGUUCAUGCAACGACCAAAGAUGUCACACUGGAUUUCUGCCUUAAGAGUAAUCAAGUAUAUCAAACUUGAACCUAGAAGAGGAUUAUUAAUGAGUUCUGAUAGCAAGCCCCAUUUGACAGGUUAUUGUGACGCAGAUUGGGCUGCAUGUCCAAAUACUAGAAGGUCUGUAAUAGGUUUUGUAUUGAAAUAUGGUUAUUCACUCAUAUCUUGGAAGUCCAAGAAGCAAAAUACAGUGUCAAGGAGCUCUGCAGAAGCUGAGUACAGGAGUAUGGCUAGUCUGACAGCUGAAGUAGUGUGGAUUGCAAGUCUAUACAAGGAGCUAAGAGUAAAAUUGAUUGAACCAGCUUCUAUAUACUGUGAUAGCAAGGUUGCUAUACAGAUUGCUGCAAAUCCUGUGUUUCAUGAGCGUACUAAACACAUCGAGAUUGAUUGCCAUUUCAUUCGAGAGAAAAUUAAAAAAGGUCUCAUCCAAACUAACUAUGUCAACACUAAGGAUCAGCAAGCUAAUUUGUUGACUAAGGCACAUGGAAGAUCACAGCAUGAGUUUCUUCUAGACAAGCUUGGAGUAUUGAAUCUCUUCAGUACAUCCAACUUGAGGGGCAGUAUUGGAAUUGAUUAAGUGAUUGAUCAAUUCUGUUAGUUAGGUAGUUAAUUGAUUAACUCUGAUAGUUAGUGAAAUGGUUAGUUUAGGUGUUUAAUUAACUAGUCUGAUUAAUGGUCAGUUAGAAGGUAGUUAGUUUGUUAACAUUGUAGCAGUAGCACAUGUAUUGACUGAAUUGUAUAAAUACUCAGUCUGUAACUAACUCAUACAGUUUUGAUUGAAUGCAUUCUUCUUCUUCUUCUUCAAUAUGAUUUUUCUCUCUGUAAAUCUCAAUAAUAACUAUGAAACAUUAUUCUGCCGUCGUUUCUCUUUUUCGAGAAAUGCAGAAAUUGGGUAUCCCAAUUAAUGGAGUCAUCUUGAAUAGUGAGAUUAACAGUUAUUCGCUGAUGCAUCGUGCUGAUUGUGGGUUUUCGGUGUUACCCAUUUACUUGAAGAAUGGUAUUUCAUUUGAUGUCAUUGAAUUGUUCAAAAAAUUGGUGCGAAAAAAGAUUUGUGAACCUGAUGAAGUCAUGUAUGCAACCGUCAUGAAUGGGCUUAGUAAAAAGGGUCAUACGGAGAAGACUUUAAGUUUGCUCCGGUUAAUGGAACAAGGGAACACUAAGCCUGACAUAUUCAUCUACACCAUUGUUGUUGAUGCCCUUUGCAAAGAUAGAAACUUAGAUGGUGCUAUAAGUCUUCUGAACGAAAUGAAGCAGAAAGGCAUUCCUCCAGACAAAGUCACAUAUAGUUCAUUGAUUGAUGGUUUGUGUAAGUUUGGUCAAUGGGAAAAGGUUAGGAUUUUGUUCUCUGAAAUGGUGAACCUUAAUAUUUAUCCAAAUGUGCGCACCUUCACUAUACUAACAGAUGGACUAUGCAAAGAAGGGAAAGUAGAAGACGCUGAGGAAGUAAUGAGACAAAUGGUCAGAAAAGGUGUAGAACCUAAUAUGCUUAUAUACACCGCGAUAAUUAACGGCUAUUGUUUGCGUGGUGAACUGGAAAGAGCGAGGAGAGUUUUUGAUUUCAUGAUAGAUGAGAAAAUUGAACCUAACAUUAUUAGCUAUAGCGUACUUAUAAAUGGAUACUGUAAAGAAAAACAAUUGGCCGAGGCCAUGCAAUUGUUUCAUGAAAUUUCUCAAAAGGGAUCAAAACCUGAUCUUUUUACCUACAAUAUCCUCUUGCAAGGUCUGUUUGAAGCUAGAAAAAUUGGCUCUGCAAAAGAAUUCUUUGCUGAGAUGCUAACAACGGGGCUCGUACCAGAUUUAUACACUCUCUGCACUUUGCUCAAUGGUUAUUUUAAAUAUGGACUUGUUGAAGAAGCUAUGUCGUUCUUUAAUAAGUUGAAAAGAGAAAUAGAAUAUACUAGUAUUGAAUUUUACAUUGUUGUCAUUAAUGGAUUGUACAAAAAUGGUGAACUCGACAAAGCUCGUGUGAUAUUUGAGAAGCUUUCUUUAAUUGGAAUGCUUCCGAAUGUGAGAACAUACACUAUAAUGAUAAAUGGAUUUAUUCUCGAAGGGUUUUUGGAUGAAGCUAAAGAUAUGCUUAGAAAAAUGGAGGACAACGGUUGUAUGCCAAACAAUGUUACAUACAAUAUUUUUGUGCGAGGAUACCUACGGUGCUGCAAAAUUAAUGAAAUGGCAACUUAUAUGAAGGAAAUGGUUAGAAAGGGCUUCUCAUGUGAUGCAGAUACAACUGAGUUACUGGUAAACGUUAUAAGGGAGAAUCCUUCUGUCCUUGACAUGAUACCUGAGUUUCGAUCUGAACAUAAGAAGUGAAUAUUUCUUUCUCUUGCUUUAUUUGGCUUUACUUUCAAAAUGAGAAGUGGCAUCCAUGCAAUUACGAAAGAUAGAAUAAUGGCAAUUAGAACAUCACUUGAGCUUUCCAGGCAUGCUUACGGCUUACAGAGGAGAUUUGUGGAAAAACAGUUGUGUGUCUUAUUUUAUGCUUUAAUGCUGUGUUAUACUGCUGGUAACUUUAUUAUAGUUAGUGAAGUAAUUAGUGGGAUGGAGAUGGACACAGUAGAAGGGAAGUUUGUGCUAUGCUCUGUACUCACUAUAAGGUAUGCAAAUGUAUACUUUGUGAUAUUAGGAUGUAUUUUCAUUUCUUCCACUAUUAUUACUAUUUAAGUUGAAGAAAACAUACUUUACACUUCUGUAUCUAAAAAAAAUUCUGUUUUUUCCUGUCUUUACCGUCAACGUUAAAUAACUAACAUUUUCAAUCAUCUCAUUUACACUUGUGCUAAGUUUAAGUAACCUUAAUUUGAAAUUAAAGAGUAUUACUGGGUUUGUCGGUCUUACUUAACUUGUGCUUAUUACCAAAUGGCAUAAGAGCAACCAUUACUUGAUUGUGUAA